CCAUUCAAUUAAUACUUAGACCUGAAUAGAACAGCUAAACUUUAAAAUGUUGUAAAACUAAGUUUCUAAGAAAUGGUUAUGGUGUCUUUCUAUCUGCUAUUCUUUUUAGUGUUCAUCUUUUCAUCUUUUGUUGUCCUAUUCAAAUUUUUGAAAGCUGAUGGAGAUUUUACUCUGCUCUCAAAAAAAAUCAUACAUGAGCAAAUUGAAGACAAGGUUGUUUGGAUUAGUGGAGCCAGCCGUGGACUUGGGGAGGCUCUUGCUAAGCAUUUUGCAAGCCUAGGAGCCAAGCUCAUAUUGUCUGCUCGAAAUGAAUUUGAAUUGGAGCGAGUUAAAAACAAACUUAAUGGCAAGCACGCUCCAAGCGAGGUAAAGAUCUUGCCUUUGGACUUGACAUCAGGAGAAGAUACUCUUAGGGAGGCUGUGCAAAGAGCAGAAGCCUUUUUCCCUGCUUCUGGUGUUGAUUAUAUGAUUCACAAUGCGGCAUAUGAACGCCCUAAAUCUACAGCUUUAGACGUCUCUGAAGAUAAUCUUAAGGCUACAUUCAAUGUAAAUGUUAUAGGAGCAAUAACUCUAACCAAGCUGCUUGCUCCUUACAUGCUGAAAAGGGGAAGAGGUCAUUUUGUUGUGACCAGUAGUACUGCAGGGAAGAUACCUUCAUCAAAUAAAGCUGUAUAUUCUGCUUCUAAAUUUGCCUUGCUUGGUUACUUCCACUCCUUGCGCUCAGAGCUCUUUGAUAAGGGAAUCAUGGUCACUAUUGUCUGUCCUGGUUCAAUAGAAACAUCAUCAAAUAUUGCUCAAGCAGGAAACUCAGGCCAAGGAAGGCCCUCAAAGCUUCAGAAGAGUGUCUCUGCGGAAAGGUGUGCUCAGCUAAUAGCAAUAGCUGCGAGUCAUUGUUUAAAGGAAGCAUGGAUAUGUAACCAACCUAUGCUUGCAGUGAUGUAUGUAGCUCAAUACAUGCCAACAGUAUGCUUUUGGCUCAUGGAUAAGAUUGGCGGAAAGCGAGUCGGAGAAGCUACACCAAGCAAGGCAAAGACUACAUGAAGUUUUAGUGAAAAUCUUAGGAAUAACUGCUUAAUAUGAUUAUCUUAGUAGUUAAAGUUGAAUUUAUAUACUUACUUUGGUUUUUAUAAGUCCCUAUAAAUAAUGACAUUUUGUGAGGAGAAAUAUCACCAUUUAUAACAACUCUUAAAAAUCAGAAGUAUUUGGUUCUUGCA